AUGAAGCCAGUCUUCUGCGGGAACUUUGAGUACGAUGCUCGUGAAGGAGAUCUCGAGAGGCUUUUCAGAAAGUAUGGCCGAGUUGAGAGAGUUGACAUGAAAGCUGGGUACGCUUUUGUGUAUAUGGAAGAUGAAAGGGAUGCUGAAGAUGCAAUCCGAGCGCUUGACCGCUAUGAGUUUGGACGUAAGGGACGCAGACUCCGUGUUGAGUGGACUAAGAACGAGCGUGGAGCUGCUGCUGGUGGAAGAUCAGGCGGUUCAAGGAGAUCAUCGGCGGGACUGAGACCUUCCAAGACUCUGUUUGUGAUCAACUUCGAUGCACAGAACACCAGGACUCGUGACUUGGAGAGACACUUUGAGCCGUAUGGGAAGAUCGUCAACGUCAGAAUCAGAAGGAACUUUGCGUUUAUCCAGUAUGAGGCUCAAGAAGACGCCACCAGAGCAUUGGAUGCUACAAACUCGAGUAAGCUGAUGGAUAAGGUGAUCUCGGUGGAGUAUGCAGUGAAGGAUGAUGACGCUAGAGGAAACGGGAACGGAAACCGGUACAGUCCCGAGAGACGCCGUGAUAGGUCGCCUGACAGGAGAAGGAGAUCACCUUCUCCUUACAGGAGAGAGAGAGGAAGUCCUGACUAUGGCCGAGGUGCUAGUCCGGCUGCUGCAUACAGAAAGGAAAGGACUAGUCCUGAUUAUGGGAGAGCGAGACGCAGCCCGAGUCCUUACAAGAGAGCUAGGGUUAGCCCUGACUAUAAGAGGGACGACCGCAGGAGGGAGAGGGUGGCUAGCCCUGGUUACAGGAGGGAUGAUGACCGUAGGAGAGACAAGGUGGUGGCUAGCCCAGAGAAUGGAGGUGCUGUUGUGAGGGAUCAAAGUCCGAGAAACGGACGUGGUGAAAGCAGGAGUCCUCCUCCAUAUGAGAAGAGGAGGAGGUCGAGGUCGAGGUCGAAGUCGAGCCCUGAGAAUGGUCAAGUUGAAAGUCCUGGACCGGUAGUCGGAGAAGAAGAUGCUGGAAGAGGAUAUGAUGGUGCAGAGAGCCCGAUGAUGCCUGAGAGCCACUCUCUAUCGCCUCCAGCUGAAGAAUGA